AUGUCUACCGAGCGCUUAAUGACGAAAAUGAUUAAAUCAGGAAGGGAUGAGGCAGAGGUACGAUCAAUGUCAAGACAAGAGAUUAUCGAUGCAUGUCUCGCUAGCGAAUUGAUGAGAACAGAACUUCUGACCGAAACAUCUGAACCUCCCCAGAACGUAACUGAAACGGAAAGAUGGAAAUUUGAGAAAGAACUUGAAUUUAAAGAAAGACAAGCGGCGAAGGAACUUGAAUUUAAAGAAAGACAAGCGGCGAAGGAAUUUGUUGAAAUAGAUGGAAAACGACAACAUGUUCACGCCAAUAAAAUCAAACAAUACUAUGAGCGGAUGGAACAAGCUAUGAUAUCGAGCUGCACCCUCAUAAGAGAAAAGGAUGUGGAACUAGGUAGAAUAACAACAUUUGAGAAAGACUAUCAGAAUAUCUAUUGUCAACUAGAUCCCCGAAAGUUGGAUCAUCUUUCGACGCUGGGAAAAGAAGAGAUUAACACGAUAAUAUCCACGCAGAAACAGCGUUUUAGCCCUACCAUGUUAAAAGGUUUAAAUAAAUACAAAUUGAAAAAACUACGUUUUUUUGGUGUUCUUACAAAAAAGUUACUCAAUUCUAAAUGGGCACGGAUAUUCAACGAUAUCCGCUAA